UUGCUGCUGCUGCCGCCGCCGCCGUGGGGAGGGGGCGCAGAGGAGACCCUCGGGGGCUUCGCAAGAAAAUACUGGUACCUUGUAAAGGCAGUCUUUCGAGCAGCAUCAUUUCGGCUUGCCAGUUUGACUCUUACAUUCUUAAAGCAGCGGACAACAAUCUCCACACUUUGAAUGGAAAGGAAGUCUUUAUACAAGGAAAUAUGAUCGUCCUUGGGGGUGAAUUUAACCAGCGUUGCUCAAUACCUAUUCUCUUUGAGGAGACGUUUUACAAUGACAGGGAAGAGAGCUUUAACAUCCUUUGUAUAGCUCAUCCUCUAGAAAAAAGUGAAAAUAAAGAACCAUCCUCGACGACAUCCAACUCUUACUCCUUGAAAAACAUGGAAGAUGUGAAAGAAUUCUUGGGAAGGCAUGCAGAAAAAUUCGAUAAAGCCAUUGCAUCUUUCCACCGGACUUUCAAGGAGCAUGACAGGAAAAUCCUGCGACACUACAUAGAUUCUGUGAACGCCCUCUACACCAAAUGCAUCCAGCAGCUGUUGAGAGACUCCCACUUUAGAAUGCUUGCAAAGCAGGAACUUCAGAUGAACCUGAUGAAACAAGCGGUGGAUAUGUAUGUCCAUCACUCUCUCUAUGACGUCAUCUUCAAAUACGUGGGGACCAUUGAAGCCAGUGAGGAUGCAGCUUUCAACAAAAUCACCCGAAGUUUACAAGAUCUGCAGCAGAAAGAUCUGGGCAUCAAGCCUGAGUUCAGGUGAAUUCUCAACUGUUUUAAAGGGUUUUUCUAGCACGGUUUUGUUUUAUUUUCUUCCUGAAGAAAGACUGGAUGGAUAAACUUGGGAAAACCGAGGCAGCUAACUUCUUGCUUCUUAAAAAAAAAAAAAGGGAAGGGUUCAUGCCUUUUUAUUAGAGGCUUUCAUGUGUGUGACCCAAAGGAUGCAAUUUGCUAUUCCUGCUUUAAAUAGAUCUUGGCCUAACCUUUUGCUCAUCGCUGCCUUGGGCUGUUAACUCCUUUUGGACAGACGAACACUGAAACUGAUCUGUAAACCAGCAUUUAUUUCUAGUUUCCGGCAACAAACAUCCCACAGCGAACGGUGGUUUGCUUAGCAACUGCCAAGUUCACUUAACGACCGCUGCAAAAGGGUUAUAAAAUCAGGACUGAUGAUGACCUGCUUAAACGCAGGCUCACUUUCGGUUGUAAGUCAAGGAUAAUAACCUAGCAAGUAAAUUGUCAGAAGGAAUUCUUUAAAAAAAUGGAGUUA